AUGCCUCCCUUGCCGCUUAUGGAUGCCCCACCAACCGACUGGACACCUUAUCAAAACAGAGUCGAAUUUAAGACAGCAGAAUUCCUCUUCAUGCAGAACCAAAUGUCCACAAAGCAAAUUGACACGCUCCUCGACUUAUGGGCUGCAACCCUCAUCAGGCACGAUGAUGCUCCUCCCUUUGCAAACCACAAGGACAUGCAUGCAGCCAUCAAUGCGACCCCGGUAGGUGAUGUCCCCUGGAAGAGCUUCAUGAUGUGCUACAACGGCAUCAAACCACAAGACAAUAUACCGCCGUGGAUGACCACCAAAUAUGACGUGUGGUGUAGAGACCCACUGGAACUUGUGUGCAACAUGCUUGCAAAUCCUGACUUUGAUGGGGAAAUCGAAGUUUCACCCUACUGUGACUACACCACUGACAACAAACAGUACUGGAUUAUGUCAGGUGAUUGGGCAUGGAAGCAAGCAGAUCUUAUUGCUCAAAAUCCGGAGACCCAUGGUUCAACAUUCGUGCCACUGAUCAUGGGAAGUGACAAGACAAUUGUCUUGGUUGCUACUGGACACACGGAGUAUCACCCACUUUACCUAUCGAUUGGUAAUAUUUUGAAUAGUGUGCGAUGUGCACAUCACAAUGGCAUAGUACUUGUUGGGUUUCUUGCUAUACCGAAAAGUGUCUGGCAGAUCCCAAAGAUCUUGACAGUGGUCGGCCUUGUCUGCAUCGGCGUGAAGAACACACAGAGUUACUUGUUGACCAACUGA